GGAACUGGGGAACUAGGGAGCUGGGGAACUGGGGAGCUGGGGAGCUGGCGAGAGGAGGGCCGAGGGAGGGAAGAGGACCAAAGAAGGAGCUCCAGCGAACGUGCGGCGGCGAGGGUGGCCCCGAGACAGUCCCUGCUACCGGGAAGGCACUAGAGGGGAAAGGCGCGGGUACGCGCCAUGGCCCGGUCCUGCUGGCGACGGCCCCUCCACCGCCUCCUCCAGCUUCUCGAGCUGUGUGCUUUGCUCUCCCCGCUACAGUUGACUUUUCAAAUCAGUCCUCGGUGCAGCAGUGAGAAGCAUUACGAGCACUUUGGACGCUGCUGCACCAAAUGUGAUCCAGGAAAGUAUAUGUCUGCAAAAUGCACUGCCACCUCUGAAAGCAUAUGUUUACCUUGUGGACCAGAUGAAUACUUACAUACCUGGAAUGAAGAAGAUAAGUGUUUACUACAUAAAGUUUGUGAUAGAGGAAAAGGUCUGAAAGUAGUUCAUCCUGGCAAUCAAACCUUCCCACGACAGUGUGCCUGUAUCCCUGGGUACCAUUGGAGCGAAGACUUUGAGAUCUGUCAGCGCAAUGGAAAAUGUGACCCAGGCUUUGAAGCCGAAAAUCCUUUACAGCCAAACAAGGAUCCAGGGUGUAAACCAUGCCUCAUGGGCUACUUCUCUGAUGCUUUUUCUUCCAAGUGUAAAUCCUGGACGAACUGCACCAAUCUUGGAAUGGUAGAAAAAACUCCUGGGACUGAUAAGUCAGAUGUGGUUUGUGAUCCUUUGCCACCUGAAAAACCAGAACAUGAAUCACCAAAAUACUUACACAGUAUAAUCUUUCUACUCCUCCUGGUAUGUUUGGCAGUAAUUGCAGUCAUCAUCUUUGGGAUCUACUAUAGGAAGGAAGGGAAAGCGCUGACAGCUGAUCUGUGGCUCUGGAUCAAUGACAAAUGCAGCAUCUUGAGACAAAAUAAGGAAUCGUCUGGUGAUAAUUUCAUCAAUACACACAUGACAACAAAUAGUGCUAGCCAGGCUUAUGAAGACACUUUAUUACUGACCAAAGAAGAAAAGAUAUUAUCUGAAGACUCAUGUUAUCCACAGGGACACACGUGUGGGGAAGCAGAUCCAUGUAAAGUGGAAGAUAUUGCCAUGCUGUCUUUGGUCAAUGAGACUGAGGAAGAUAACUUUAGACAGAUACCCACAGAAGAUGAAUAUGUGGACCGAGCUCCCCAUGGUUCUGAUUGUUUAUUGUUGUUGAGUCGGCCUGGAAGCAAACCAGCUUCUCCUUUCUCAGAGCCCUUGGAGAUUGGGGAGAACGACAGCUUAAGCCAGUGUUUCACUGGUACUGACAGCACAAUGGAUUCAGAGAGCUCCUAUUGCACUAAAUCUUCCUACAGGACUGACUCCAUCCAUAUUUCCUCUGACCCGUACUUGCAGAAAUCUUUCCACUGCAAUGACAGUAACCUUGUUAAGGAGGUGGAGAGCAGUGACAGGAAUCACUGGGCAGCCAACUUUGACUUCACAAAUGGCUCUGGGGGCUGCAAGGAGCCUCUCAGGAAGUACACUGAAGCUUCUGAGAAGAAACAUGACCACAUCAUAACAUCCUUUGAGAAUGGACCUUUCCCACAGUGCACCUGUAGCUUAGACCUUCCUCCAGAAAGUCAGAAUAUUCUGACAAGUGAUGCUGAGGGUGAAGACUUGUCCUUGGAUGGAACUGAAGUGAAGUUCCCUAGCACAAAAAGAGGCAGUUCUGGAUCAGGUGGUACCUCCAGCGACUCACCUCUUGCAUCUGGAAAUGUGACUGGAAACAGUAACUCUACAUUUAUUUCAAGUGGACAAGUAAUGAAUUUCAAGGGAGAUAUCAUUGUAGUCUACGUUAGUCAAAACUCCCAGGAGGGCCCCACCAUCCCAGGAACUGCGGGGGAAAAUGUUGGCAGCCCAGUGCAAGAGGAGAACCUGAAUCGCUGUGAUACUUUUGCAGGAAAUGAUCUCAAUUUCAAAGAGAAAUGGGCUGACAGCUCCCUGGGGAGCUUUUCUGAGGGAAAAGUGCAAAACUGCUUAAGAGACCAUACGAGAAGGUCAGGGCCAAGGAUUCAAGAGGAAAUCCACCAUGGCCCCGAUAGAGAGAGCGACCAGAACACAGCUUCUCAACCCGUGCAGGAAGAAGGAAGACCCAAAUCCUGUUCCCUGAAAGCCUGGCAGUGAUGAGAACUUACCAUUCCCUCCAUCUCUUCCCAAAGGUGCCAGCCCCAGUGGGAACUCAGACAGACAUUUCCCUUCUCUGGGUCUCAUUUGCUGCAUCUGUAGAGGGAGGAGUUCAUCCUAGGUGAUCUCCAAGGUUCCGUGAUUCUAAUCAUUCUCUGCAUUUACCCCAUAAAUAUAAUAUAAUAAUCACAAACCAAGGAUGUCAGAUUCAAAUCUACAUACAGACCAGUUUUUAUCUUUGGAAAAUACUAGCACACUGAACAAAUGCUAAUUCACAAGCAGGACCAAAAUUAGGAAUGUUGGGGAUGGAUAAUAGGUAGCAGUUCACUCACCCAUUACUCAUAGAUCUAUGGGUUUUCCCUUGAAAAUCCUUUUAUAAUUUGAUAGUUUACUAUUUGGCUCAUUCCUAAUCUGUAUCCUCUGUACUCUUUUGAUCUUUUUCUCUUUUAUUUAAAAAUCUAUGGCACUUUUUCAUUUUUAUAUUUUUAAGGCUUUUUAUUUUUAAAACAUAUGCAUGAAUAAUUUUUCAACAUUGACCCUUGCAUAACCUUGUAUUUCAGAUUUUCCCUUCCUUCCCCCCAUCCCCAACUCUACAUGAAAAGCAGUCCAAUAUAUGUUGGGGGUUUUUUUGUUGUUUGUUUGUUUUUUGCUGAGGCAAUUGGGGGUCUUGUUCAGGGUCACACAGCAAGGAAGUGUUAAGUGUCUGGGGUCACAUUUGAACUCAAGUCCUCCUAACUUCAGGGCUGGUGCCCCCUAUCCACUACACCAUCUAGCUGCCCCAGCAAUCCAAUAUAUGUUAUAAAUGUUCAAAUAUAUGUUAAAUCCAAUAUGUGUAAAUGUAUUUAUACAAUUCUCUUGCUGCAUAAGAAAAAUCAGAUCAAGAAACAAAGAAAAUGUAUAAGAAAACAAAAUGCAAGUGAACAACAACAAAAACAGUAAUAAUGUUAUGUUGUAAUCUACACUAGUUCCUAUUGUCCUCUCUCUGGGUGUAAAUGGCUCUCUUCAUCACAAGAUCAUUGGAAUUGGCCUGAAUCAUCUCAGUGUUGGAAAAAUCAUGUUCAUCAGAAUUGAUCGUCCUAUAAUAUUGAUGUUGUAUGGCACUCUUUCUAUCUUGCUCUUCCUAGAUAUAGUUAAUUUUUAAAACUCUAUUUUUGUAUUUUCGUAGACUGGAGCUGUGCCAAUUGAAUUUAUAGUUCUCAUGACGGUUAAUGCUAUUGGUUCAUGCUAUUCUUUCAUUCACAUUUAUCCCCAUUCUCAGCUACCUGUAUCUACCUUUUCUUGUUUUUAAUGUAUGACUUCCCUAUCGUGCCUCUGUGACUCCAUCUUGGUAACCACAUGGCCUUGCUUGUGUGUAAUUGUAUGCUUUCUGAAUCAGCAGUUCUCUAUGUUUUCACUUUGUAUUGACUAUUUCUCAACUAUUCUAAGUGGUGCUUCCUUUCUAUUUUAAUUCUCUCCUUUUUUUAUAGACAAGGCAUCUUCAUGCUUCGGAAAUAACUUUUUGAGGGGUCAAUCAUGGAAGGCAGAAGUAAAAAAAAAAUCCUUUUCUGUGAAAUCAAAGGGCUUAAUUCCAAAUCCCACCUAUGAAUCCUUCCUAUGGGGCAAAUUACUUAACUUUAUUAGUUUUAUUAACUAUAUCAAUAUAAUAAUAUCAGCUAUACAUAGUUGAGGAAACUCAGCUGUAAAAUGGGGGGAUUCAUUGCUGCCUUAUGAGGUACAUUAAAGCUUCAGAUCUAUGAUCUUGUGUUAUCUUGUCUGUGGUAAAUUGUUUGGGGGCAGAAAUAUUAGAAAGAAGCGUUUGGAAAACACUGGAAACAUUGAGAACAAAAAUUUUCCCCAUAUGAGUUUUUUCAGUCCCCCUCCUUUUUUUUAAACAGAAUGUAACAAUUUUUUUUCCCCUCUGAAGUGUUCUGCUCUUCCUUACUCUAAGCCAAGUUUUCUUCUCUCUUGAUAAAAUGUAUUCUAAAAAAUAAUUGAAUUGUUGACUAUGUUUGAUACUCUUGGUAUAGAGGGCUUUUUCUUUGUUUUAUUUUUUAGCAAUUAAAUGACAAAAAAAAAUUCAAGUCAUCAUGAAUUAUGAAAAUGGACUAGAUGAUCUCCUUAAGCUUCCUUAAAGUGCUAACACUUUAGGAUGUCAUGACCCUAGAAUUCUGAACUAAUUGAUCUGGGUUGUUUUUAUUGUUACUUCCAUGUAAUUAGUGUAAAGUGUAACUCUGUGCCUCCAUUUUCUAACUUAAAAGGAGAGAUAAAGACAUGUGUUAGCUUUCUGAGGCAGAAAAUCCUGAGUUCAAAUCCCACUUCUGACACAUAACUGCUUGUGAGAUUCUGGACAAAUACUUUAACUUCUUAGUGCCCCUGGCAGCUCUUUAAGACUCUGAAAGUUGCAGAGCAGCUACUACUCUGCAUUGGUAAAGGGAAUUUCCCUGGUGGGAACUUCCUACCAUUGAAACCACCAGUCUGGAUAUCCCCCUUCAAAAAAACAAGGAUAAUGACACCUGUCAAAUAUCUUUCCUACGUAGAAUUAUCAUAAGGAUGAGAGAAAUGUUAAAAGUACUUGGAAAUUGCUAAUGGAAGGUGCUAUAAAAUAUAAGAGGAGAAACAGAAUUUUUCUUCUUGAUUCAUGUUUGUUCUUCAUGUUGAUGCUAAAAGUAAAUAAGAACUCAAUCAUUUUGGAAAGAUAAAUCUAUACCUGACCCCACUGUAUGCCCCAGAGAUGUGUAUUACUGAUGUAGACAGGAUGAGAAUAGGAAUCAGUAAAAGGUUGUCAACUUAAUAUUAAAAUGACAUUUGAUCUUAAAUGCAUGCUUUUUAUGGCUUGAUGAAAUGUGAAUCUUUAUAAGGUCAUUUCCUAACUUUUUUCACAUAUAGCCUUUCUCUUCUUCCUAUCUUCAUUAUCUUCAGUGGUUUGUUCACUCUUGGUCCUCUCAUCAGAGAAGCUGAAUAGAAGAUGUUGCUAUGGUGACAUGAUCAUCUCUUUGAACUUAUUUAUUUCUUGACUUUACCAGAUAACUUCUCAAAGUUCAAUCUAUGAAAUACUAGAAGGGAAGAAGUUUCUUCUCCACACUCAACUCUAAUGCCAGGAAAUACAAGAUCUUUUCUUUUUUUAACCUAAAGGUUAUCAACCAGCCAGAUUUUAGUCUCAGACACACAUACAUCCAGAAAGAGAGCAUGAAAAAGAGAGAAAAAAGAGAGAAAGAUUCCAUAUGCAAAAUGGAUUCUAUGAUUUAUACUUCUAUAAUAUAUCAUUUCAUAAAAUAUAAAUAUAUCCAGAGAUAGAGAAAGAGAGAAAAAGAGGGAGAGAGAUUCCUUAUGCAAAAUGGAUUCUAUAAUUUAUACCCCUACAAUAUAUCAUUUCAUAAAAAUAAAUUAUUGUACCUACUCCCUAACACCAGUAGGGAGCAUUGUUUAGCCUGUGGUCAGAAGCUGAUCCUAUUAGUUCAUCUAGCUUAGGAAGGUAAAAGAAUUUGAUAAGAGAGACCAAUAAUUUGUAUAUAAUGGAAUCUUAAGGAUUGGGAAGAAUCUUCUUAGAGAUGGAAAAUUUCCAGAUCCUUCUGAAUUAGCAUGUUAUAAUGGCCCUAACCAAUUUUGUUGGAAGUAUUGUGAAUUCCUAAAACUGAAGUCAAAUUAUUUCUGUAAACAAAAUUUGAUUCUAAAGCCAAGUACAAAUAAUGUUUAAAAAUACAAAUGGUUGGAUAGUUGGAUUCCUUGUGUUCCAAGAAGUUAUAGGACUACUUGUUGGGACUUAAUCCACUGGGCAUGCUACCAAAGUGGGUAGCUUGUAAAGUCCUUCCCAAAUCUAGAAUUCUACAAUCUAUAAUAAAUAGUCAAUCUUUUCCAUUUGGACAAAAAGUGCCUGUAUUUACAUAAAAUCUAGAAGACUGAUGGAAUUGUUUUAUACUUCUGUUUAAUGAGUAAAAAAAGGGUUUGUCUCUUUUUUUGCAUGAAUGGGUUAGAGAUUUAGUAUUUACCAGCUGACUAAUUCAACAAAUUGGUUUGUUGGCAUUUACAGUGACUAAUAGACUUCAACAGGUUCAACUGGCCUCAAGGAAGAAAUGCAGUUGUUUAGAGAUUUUUUUUGCUACAUGAGAAGUUAUGAUAACAAUAAGAGACUAAAUCCAUGAUUUCAUUUAGACUCUUUAACCAAAGUAGGUUAUAAUCUUUAGCACCUUCUCUGAAAGUUAGGUUCUAAGAGAAUUUCCUAGACCCAUAGAAAGAUUAAGGAACUUAUUUGUGCAUCAGAGGAAGACUUGAAAUCUCAGUAUUUCUGUUUCUGAGAUGGGUCACUUACACCAUCUGAUUAAUGUGACUAGAAACUCUAUACUUAGAAUGAAGAUAAUCAUGUAAUGUUGUCCUAAAUUCUGGUGGAAGUGGGAAGGGAAAGGGAAAAAAUGUAUAAAUAAAUCAUUGAACAUAUUUUCUUUAAUUAGCAUGGACAUUCUAUUUUGAUGGCAGAGAAAGAAGCAAACUUUUUAGAAGACUCUAAACAGAGAAAGAAGGGUCAAACUACUUGAGAGAAACCAGACACUGCAGCAACUAUUAUUUUUCUUUAAGCUUUGUAUAAACACAAGGACAAGGAAGCAGGGCAAUAGAGUUUACUUCAUUUUCUUGGUGAAUCAGCCUUUUGAAUCCUGUUUCUCAGGCUGCUGAGAGGAAUAAUCAAUAAAAACAGUGUUGAAGUAGUUUGCAAACAUAAAGCUUUAUCGAGCUGCAAAGUAAUGAUAAUUAGCCUGGGCAAGAUGUAGGCAGAACGGAUUUUACAGCAUGGGUGACUGAAACUUAGGGAGUACAUGAAAGUGCCAGUGAAGGCAGAACUAGGAUUUUUAAGGCAUUAAUCUCCAUCACAGCCUGAAGCCUAAAUUACAAAUUUGGUAAUAAUCCUUUUCUGCUAAUAUCCUAGGGAGUUGAAUGUACCAAGAGUCCAAGGCCCAGAAAAUACUUGUGUCACAUUCUUCAAUAAAUCAAAAGGUCUCUGGUUUUAUUGGUGAAGGCAUUCAGCCCAUCUCUCCAUACCUUAAUAGACAAUUUCAUGAGAUGCUACAGCCAAUAAUAUUCACUGCCUGAUAAGUGAAACUUCUAAGGAUUGUUUCUUCAAAUUUAAUGAACUUGGCCUUUAAUAUACCAUCUGCUACUUGGCCAAAAUUCAGUCUUUUCAUCUUGUUAGAACUUAUGAGAGAUUACUUUCUACUAAGAUAUGAUCAUUCUAUCAUUAUACUAAUCAAAACUCAUCAAUGCCUUUUGAUUAUCUUUUGAAUAAAGCCCAAACUCCUUUGUAUUCAAGAUUCUUUAUAAUUUAGCUUCAUUCUUUCUUUCCAUUUACAUGUCACAAUUUUCCCUUCAUUUUAUUCUAGCUAAAUUGGUCAACUAUCUUUUUCCUAAAUAUGUUUAAUUCUCACCUCCAUACUUUACUCAUUCUGAAUUAUAUGCUAUUUUUAGAAUCAGUCAAGUAAUCAUUUAUGGACUACUAUGUACCAGAAAAUGAAACAGUCCCUACUUUCACAGAGCUUACAUUCUAAGACUCUCCUUUUUCAUUUUGCUAUUGAAUUUCUAUUGCAAAUUUCUUCCUCCAAUCCAUCAUUGUCAGAAUCUUCUCUGGUUCUAUCAUCACUUUGUUCAAAAAACAGCAAUGAUUUCCUUUUGCCUUCUGAGUAAAAUUCAAACUCCAUUGUUUGGCUUUCAAAGUCUUCCUCUAUCUGCAUUUCCAUUCUAAUUUUUUUUUCAUACUCUCUUGCUAAACUCAAGGACUCUUAGUCCCCCCAAACUUAUUUUGUGCUUUCUUACUUUGCCUUUGCUCAAGUUUUUGCCUAUGUCUAAAAUGCUCUGUCUUACCCUCUCCUAAUAAAUUUUUGUUGUUCAGUUAUUUUUCAGUCAUGUCUGAUUCUUGGUGACCCCAUUUAGGAUUUUCACUAGUGGUUUAUCAUUUCUUUCUCAAGCCCAUUUUUAGACAAGGAAACUGAGAUAAACAGGAGUAAGUGUCUUGCCCAGGAUCACAUAGUCCUCUUGACUCCAGGCCUUGGCACUCUAUCCAUUAUGCCAGCUAGUUGCCUCAAAUCCUAGAAGUCUUCCCUAAAAUGGGGGCAAUGAGGGAGAGGGGAUGUCGGCAAAGACUGAUCAGGGAGUACUUUAUAGGGUACAGUGAUAAGAGCAUUGACCAGAAGGUUCAUUACUUAAGUUUCUUGAAAACUAGCUUUAAAUGUGAAAUGUUCAUAGCUUUGGUGUAGUGGAACAAACUAUGUAGAUAUGUUAUAUUUGCAUCCCAGCAUCCUGGACAUAGUAAGUGCUUAAUAAAUGUAUAUAGACUA